ACUUGUCUUUUUAAAUGGUGACGUAGUAGAACUUAGUGGGCGUUAUCAGGAACGGCUACAUUGUCAACAUACUGCAAAAUGGCCGGUCGCAGAGAAGAUCCAGAGAGUGAAGAUGACUCGUAUGAAGUGUUGGACCUUACUGACUAUGCCAGGCGGCAUCAAUGGUGGAGCCGUGUUUUCGGGAACAAUUCUGGACCAAUCGCAGAGAAGUACUCUGUGGCCACUCAGAUCAUGAUGGGGGGAGUGAGCGGCUGGUGUGCAGGAUAUCUUUUUCAGAGGGUGGGAAAGAUCGCAGCCACGGCGGUUGGUGGAGGAUUCCUCUUGUUGCAAAUUGCAAAUCACAGUGGGUAUGUGCAGGUCGACUGGAAGAAGGUCGAGAAGGACGUGAACAAAGCAAAGAAACAUCUGAAGAAAAAAGCCAACAAGGCAGCACCUGAAAUCAACUCAUUCAUUGAAGAGUCUACAGAUUUCGUGAAGAGGAACAUUGUCCUUUCCAGCGGAUUUGUCGGAGGCUUUCUGCUCGGACUGGCGUCUUAGAAUCCGGCGUGGGUCCACCGCCAGGCCAGGCUAGCCCAGGCCGGCCCACGAAUUGCUACUGCACACAGGAAGUUGUCAUAACUGUGAAGCAUUUCCUCCUGUUCCACUGCGGGAGAAACGGGGAGAUGCGUAUACUGUGAAGCAGCAGGGAUGGGAGGGUGGACGCACCGUUUCGGCUGUGCAGGCUGCUGAAAUAUUACCCCCCCCCCAGCCCCCCUGUAAAACUGUGCCUCUGUAGCCAGUCACCCCUGGCAGGUCUCGCAACCCAACUGACACCCAACUGUACAUAGGAUGAGCUUCACUCCUCGCAUUACGGUCAUCUAUGUAUUGUGGCUUGUCAUUGGUGAGAUGCGUCUUCAGGCAAUCUGUGGCAUCCUAGACCACGGUCAUAUUAUUUAAGUGUUCUAAUGUGCUAAAUAGGAACCAGUGCAGCUUCACGAUGCGUCCUCUUACCAGUGUAGAAAACAUGAUUAUGUUCAGUAAUGAGUCAUUAUCACAUUGUUUGGAUUCAUUUCUUGCCUUUUAACAGCGCAAUAUUCCUUGACCUUCAGUAUAAUCUAUGUCUCCUCUCUCCCUCAUGAAUACCAAAUAGCCUUUUUUUCCUUUAACUAUGAUUUUUAAAGUGUACAGCUGAAAUAAAUGUGUUUGAAGCCUAGUUUGGCAAAACAUCA